AAAAAAAAUAUUAAAAAAAAAUCAAAAACAAAUGAAUUUUCUAUUUAUAGCCCCAAUUUAAUUUAAAAAUCAUCUUGAUAUUUCUUCAAAAAAAAAAAAAAAAAGUGACAAAAAUAUUUUCAUCUUCAAAAGUGAUAUCAUACGAGUUUUAUGUCUGAGGGAGUGGAAUUUUUGGUCCGUGAAAGCAUUUUGUCGAACAACAUGGAAAAAAUAUUUCGUAUAACCCAAGAGGGUUUAAGAAGUGCUUGUUGAAGCAAAAAUUGAGGAAAAAUAUAAAUUUCUUGCAUUUCACCUACACACACAGCCAACAUACACAAAAGACAAAACAACGGGCGUACUGAAUCAAAUGGCCUAGAAAAUCAUAUGAAUUUUGAUUAUUUGUUAACUUAUUUUUUUUGUUCCGUUAACCAAUCAUCAUCGUUUAAAAUAUGGAUAUACCGAGCAAUAAUGGUGUCCUUGAGAUCAAAUUAAAAUCAGAUCCUCAUCCGGGAUCAUCAUCCGAAAAAUCCGACAUGACUCCCGAAAAUUCGGAAAAAACUUCACCAUCUGUCGAAGUUUCCAAUGGCGAAAAUAACAACGUUACUUAUUUGGACAACAAAAACAUGACCAAAAGUUGUUCUUUGCAAGAGAUCAAAUCCCGUACUAAAUCCGAAGAGCAACAAGAAGCUGAUGACGUGAAGAAAACCCUUGCAUUCACGAUCGAUUUCGGCGAUGGAAAAGACGCGACGCGACAACAACGGCACAAAAGCAUCCUCGAACGAUUCGAACAGCGUCACAAACGGGGACAAUCCUUAAGUAAAUUGGAGGAAAAUGACAUUUAUCGUGCCGGAACGAGUCCAAAUCCCAACAAACCUCCGUUAAGUGGGAAACUUUCGCGAAAACGCAUCACAAACGUACCGAGCGGCGAGAGUUCAAUAUCCUCAGAACAGGAAACCGAUCAAAAAGUCAAACUUCGUGACAAAAAUGCACAAAUACGAGACUCGAGUAAACGUCAUAGUUGGAGUCCGCGCUCAAGUAUUCACGAAAAUCUCGUAAAAAGUGUUCCGUCGAGUGCUUCAAAGUUCAAAUCGAGUGCAGUGACCGAAGCGCUUGAGCAAGUCAAAAAUUAUCCGAGCUUAGAAUCAAAAAGUAGCAAUGAUCCACAAAGUCUCGAUAGCUUUUUGUGUUCCGAACCGCCAUUGGAAAGCUUUCCAACGACAGGCGACGAAGCUGUUAGUGAUGCUGGCACAUACACAGUUGACGGCGACAAUUACACUGAAGAGCAAAAAGAGAAAAUGAACAUUGAUAAAAUUGAAGUGCUUCCAAAAGAGACAAAAACUCGGCUAAUCCGCCCAACUUGCUUCAAAGAUGAUCUCGAAGUAAUAGAUUUGGACCUCCCAAAACCCUCUGCGACGAGAAAAUCGACAAGAAAUGUACUCGAAGUGAGUUAUAGUCAUCAAGAACCGACGAUCAAAGCGAAAGUUUCAUAUUUGGACAAACUUAAGUCGCGUGUCAAGAAUAUAAGUGAUCGAACUUUUCAAAAAAAAUCACCCGAAAAACAAGUUCUUCCAUCUCCGUCGGAUCUCGGAUGUUUCACGAGUGUAACUACGAGCGGAAUUUUGAGUUACAAACCGACGUUAGAUGACAAAAUUCAAGUUAAACGUAAAAAUAGUUUGUGCAAAGCAACAGUCGAUAGCUCGGAAUACGUUCAAGGCUUGACGACAGUGAACGUUCCCGUAAAAUCAGUGAUUGACGGCGAAAAAGUCGAGAUAAACAAUCCACAGAAAUAUAAACUCAACAUUUUUCACAAAAAUUCCGACACAAAAGCUUCAGACGACGACGAAGAUGUUCCAAAUCCAACCGAAAUACUCAAAACUGCCUCGACGAAAAAAGAUUGGAUACAGGAAUGGGCUCGAAAUGCUCGCGAGUACUCGGGAAAGAAGGCACACGUGAUGACUCGAUCAUAUGAUCGUCAACCAGACAAUAUGACAAUGUCAAGUAGUGAUUAUUACGAUAGCGAAGAUCCAUCGGAAAAUCAAAGUUUUUAUGCAGCACGAAGACAAAUGGCGAAAAAUCGGUCGUUUAGAAGUAAAAUGCACGAUAACGAGUAUUCGAGUGAUCCGAAUUUACGGUAUCAGGAGUAUCAGAGUAAUAGACGGAAGCAAUUUGAAUAUGAUCGGGGGCAAAUGAGCGAUUUUGGUCCUGUAACAUCGCCUUCGAGAAGUUUGACACGCAACGCAAUGUUAUAUGGGUCGGAUGACGAGCAAUUUCUUGCAUCGACGAUUUUGAGGAAGCCUCCCAUGAGCCCGAGUAAGAUUCCAAGUCCCAUGAAUACGAUGGGGAGACCAAGGAGUGUUAGCAGAACACGAGGCAGUUUGCAUGGAAGUGUCACGAAUCUUGACGAUGAAGCAGAUAUUCAUUUACAAAACACAGCUGCAGCUAUUUCCGCACUUGCGAAUUUACAACGCCGUAACUCUUUGCGAGAGUCAUUAAGAAAUAAUUCUUUACGAAAUUCGCCACGCAGUCCUUUAUCGCCACAGCACAGAAUCUCUCCAAGCAGUCCUUCACCAAUUUACGAUCCUUCGCACUCAUUCAAUGCACUCCAACGUCAACAACAGCAUUUUCGAUCCGACAAUCCUGACGCCGAGUUAUUGCAAGAAUAUAUUCGUCGUCGCCGUCCUUCGUAUGAACAACCGGAAUACGAUCAAAGUGAAAUUUAUUGUCACGGAUUCGAAGAUGAUGCAGAAGAAUGUGCGGAAAACAUUGUAAUUGUUGAAAAAGGGCAAAUUGUGCCGAACCGUCCUACAUCGUCGCCAGUUAAGGCUUUACAUAAUCAAAAGAAACUCCAAAAUGUCACAAAAACGCAACAUCAUUCGUCUCCGAUCAAAAGAUCGAGUUCGUUUUCCGUGAAAGCUCAAACAGAGCAUCGACAAAAGCAACCAACUACGCCUCGAUUAACACAGCGAUCGACGCCAAACCCGCGUGGACAAUUAAAUGCGAUUCAGAAAAGUGCCUCAAGUACGAGCUUCAAGCAAAUGAUGCAUCGAUACGAAGAUGAUGAAUGUGAAUUUUACAUAAAUAAUAAUGACAAUCUGAAUCCCGAGCCCGACUAUUCAUCAGAUGACGACGGGGAAUGCGAAAAAGAGCCAAUAACCAACACGAAAUACAACAAAGCCUUCUUGAUGCGUGUCGAAAAAAGCAAAAAAGUUAUUGCUUCAAGUGCUCCGACAACGCAAAAAGGAAAUGUUGCCUGUCCGAAUACUCCGCAAAUGUCGCGUCACGAUGGAAAUGGAAAAGCUCGCAUGUCGUUGCGUGAAAGAGCUUCAAUGCCUCGCGAUUCUAGUCUGAACCGAUUGAAAGAAGACAUCACGAGGAAACGAUUAAGCGACAUAACUGCCAAAGACUCAAUUAUGAGUCGAUCUGCGGGAAGUGCAAGUCUUUCGAAUUCUCAAUCGGGUAAAGUACUUCCAAAGUAUCUCGAUAUUUCGAAAUACAAAGCGACAACAACGCAAGGACAAAAUUUUUUGAAAAAAGACGAGAGUAAGAGUUAUCUCACGAAAUCAGAAGUUAAACGAACGCCAAGUAGUGCUUCGGUUAUUGGAGCGAGAAAUGAUGUGGCGCGUGCGAGUAUUCGUUCCGUAAAAAGUGCAGGAUCAAAACCGGGAAUUAAGAAAUUGCCGGAUCCAGUUGCUAUUGCUCAAGAAGCAAAAAAACAAGAAUUGGAAAUGUGGAAACGUCGUGCAAAAUAUGAUCCCAUGAAGGCAGCUGCUGAAGGCAAACGAAAACAGCAACUUAGUAGACAACAAAAUAAUCCAUCAUCCGAGAGACAAAAUAAGAAUUUUGAAAGCUCCGUCCUUCGAUCACAAUCCUUCCAUUGUGGCGUCGAUAGUCAAAACCCCGCAAGCUUGUCAAAUAGUCAAAGUAAUUACAACAUGGUAGAAAUACGGAAGUCCUUGGGAAAUCAAUGGAAUAUGACAUCAACGGAGUCAAGUGAUAUAGAUGACGAUUUUAACACAAAUACUUCAUAGCUUCCUUAAUUGUUAGAAACUUUUCUUUACCACUUAAUCUUAAUUAUUUUUUCGAAUACGUCCCUUUAUGAAUUAAUUAUUUAUCUUAAUUAUUUAGUGCACGUUGAACAUGUGUGUAUGUUGUCUCAUUUUUUUUUUCGUUUUUGUCACUGUUUGUUAAACAUUUUAA